AUGUACCGGUCAAAUAAAAAGGCGUGGAUGACAGGUGUAUUGUUUACAGAGUGGUUGUUAUGUAUCGAUGUAGAUAUGAAAAAGGCAAAUCGAAAAAUGUUGAUGUUCGUUGACAACUGUACCGCACACAAUAAUAUUCCUCAUCUUGAAAAUAUAAAAAUUUAUUUUUUACCUCCCAACACUACAUCAACUCUCCAACCACUAGACCAAGAAAUAAUAAAAAAAUUUAAAAUGAUGUAUCGAAAGGAAAUUGUUCGAGAAGUGUUGGCGUGCAUGGGUGAUGUUCCAUGUAAAAUUUCUAUACUCACUGCUAUGGAAAUGGUACACAAAGCAUGGGAAAAUGUUAGUGCACAAACCAUCGUGAAUUACUUCAGAACUUGUGGUUUUAUUAAGGAUGGACAGAAAAUUGGUGAAGGUAUUCCUGUUCAAAGUGAAGAGGUUGAAAUUCUGCUUAGCACAUGGAACAGACUAGAAGUUCCCGUAUCAUUUGAAGAAUUUGUUCACUUUGACGGUAAUGUCGCAACUGCUGGUACUUUUACUGACGAGGAAAUUAUUCAAUCUACUUCAGUCAAUCAGCACAAUUCUGACAAUGAUGACGAGGAAGAGGAGGCGGAGGUUCCUGUCAUAUCGUUAAAAGAAACAAAAUUUUUUAUGUCAGGAUUACGUCAAUUUUUUGAACAAUCUGAAAUGGACGAAAAAAGAUGCGAUACAAUUUUCAAUGCUAUUAUUAAGUUAGACAAUGCUAUGGACCAGAUUGCGACCAACAAUUUUUCACAAAAAAAAGAUGAGGCUGGAGAUCUAUCAAAUAAAUUUGUCAUCGGGAGUUAA